AUGCCUAUUCAAAAAUGUUUUCAAUGUAACCAAAUUUUUUCUUCAUAUAAAAAAUUACGAUUACAUCAAAAAAAACAUUUAAAUGAUGAAAGUGAAAGUGAUAUUGAUAUUAUAAGUUCAGAAAAUGAAUCUUUUGAAAAUAAAUCAAUUGAAAUAAACCAUUUAGAAUUAAUUAAUAAAAAUAAUUCUAUUAUAGAUAAUAUGGUUAUUGAUUCUAAUAUUAAUUUAGAAGAAACAUCAAAUACAAUUGAUUUUAAUGACAAUAAUAAUGAAUUUAUAUCACAAGAAAUAUUAAAUAUUUCUGAUAUUAAUGAAAAUUAUGAAAAUGAUAAUGAAUAUAAUGAUGAAUAUGGAGGAUUUCCUAAUGGUUUAUAUCGUGAUUUUAUGAAUUUGAUUAUUUGUAAUAAUCUUUCUAAUAAUAUUGGAGAUGAAAUAUUAAAACUUUUUAAGACUUAUAAUAGUCAAAAUAAUAAAUUAUUACCUUUGUUAACAGCUAAAGGUCGAAAAUUUAUAGAUACAAUAACAAAUCCACGUUCUCUUUUUAUCAGUAUUCAAAUUUAUGAAUAUAAUAAUUUUAUUUAUAAUUUUGAUCAUCGUCCAAUUGUUGCUGCAAUUGAAGAAUUAUUAUCUAAUAUUAAUUUAGUAUAUGAAUUACAUUUUGAAUAUGAAGAAUUAUAUGAUUAUGAAAUGGUUUCACGACAACAAACUCUUCGUGAAUCUUUUGAUAAAUUUUUUCAAAAAAAAUUUCAACAAACUUCUUAUAAUAAUAAUAUUACAUUUCAACAU